AAUCCGCGAUGUGGCGUCAAAGGCGCAGGCGGCCAUAAGUUUAUCGGAACCCGACAUACUUGAGUUCCGAUCGGCAGGCAAUGUCUCCCAAAAAUGCGGCCCGAUCAGCAGGUAAAGUUUCCCCUAAUUACAGGGGCGGUCUCACACGGUGACUUCCAAUGGCUUGGUCCCACGGACAGAUGCAAGAGGCAAAGGAGGCCGUUCAAAACACGUGCGAGCUCUUCCGCAAGCACAACACAGCCCAUCAGCGGGCGUUGCGUGCCUCCCUUGCCCUCGGCAAAGCCGUGAAAAUCUACGGCGGCCUGCAGACGGCGCACAAACGGCUGCGCGAGGAGGUACAGGAGUCGGAAAGGCUGCUCGAGCAGCUGCGCGACAGGCGAGACUCUCUAGACAUCACGCUGCGCAACCUGGCCUUGGCGCCUGCCGAGAUCCACGAGAGCGUCAACAUGGCCGAGUGGAAGUCGACGUUGGCCCUGGCCGAGGCGGCGAUGGUGAGCGCCGGCGAGGAGCAGGAGGAAGUGUGGAGGUUAGAACGUCGCAUGCGUGAGGGACACAUUCCCGAAUGGGAGGCUGCCGUCGCCAGGCGGGAGCCUCGUGUGCUGAAGACGGAAAAAGCGCUGACCGAAGUCGCCGCGCAGAAGCACGAGGCGACCGAGCGCGCAUCCGGAUUUCAAGAGCGACAUGGGGCGGCGGGAGAGGAAGCACAUCUAGACGAGGUGUGGACCGCUCUCCUGACGGACGAUCUGGACGAUCUGGACGACCUGGACGACCUGGACGACUGGAUGAGCCGGUACUUUGACCAACGCAAAAAGUAUCCAUCGACGUAG